AUAAAUACUUAAUCCUAACAAAAUGGCAUGGGCGGCCUUCUCCGUUGCUCCUUAAUCGCAAACCCCAACCAAAACCCUAAUCAAUUCAACCUCUUUUCCCAAUUUUCCCGAUAGAUUUCCUUCACUUUCCCGAGAAAAGAGAAAAUCAAUCAAAUGGCUACCAGGCUUGCCUCACGCCUCAGAUCUCACCUCCUUCAAACCAUCCACAAUCACAAAAUCCCAACUUCAUCCAUUGUCAAACCUCCACUUUUGAUCCCCGAUCGCCGACUCCUCCCAGUCGCUACGGUCAAUUCUCACUUCACCCCUUCCAGCUUCCGUUUUCUUUCCACUGCCCGCCGCGUUCCCUCCCGACCCAAGAAGGUUGACAUCGGCGCCCGUGCUCGCCAGCUCCAGACCCGCCGCCUGUGGACCUACGCGUUAACCUUCAGUUGCAUCGCAGGUUUCGUGGUCUUAGUCCUCAACAAUUUUCAAGAUCAGUUAGUGUUUUACGUUACCCCGACUGAUGCCCUUGAGAAAUACAACCAGAAUCCUUCAAAAGCCAAGUUUAGACUCGGGGGUUUGGUGCUUGAAGGAAGUGUGGUGCAACCAGGAUCUUCUAAAGAGAUGGAGUUCGUCAUAACCGAUUUGAUUACGGAUAUUUUGGUGAGAUACGAGGGCUCUUUGCCGGAUUUGUUCAGAGAAGGCCAUUCCGUCGUGGUGGAGGGAUUUGUGAAGCCUUUUACAGAAGAUAUUAAGAAGGACACUUCAGGGAAGAGUGUAUCAGCAAAAGCAAGGGGCGGGGAUUGUUUUUUCGCGGCGUCUGAGGUUCUUGCUAAGCAUGACGAGAAGUAUAUGCCCAAAGAGGUUGCAGCUGCUCUUGAGAAGAAUAAGAAGAAGAUUGAAGAGGGUCUGGAAGGAGAUAAGGGAUCCUAGAUUGAUGGGUAUGACAUGAGUAUUCUUUUAUGAUACUUUGACCAAAUUUUAUUAGAGUACUGUUUAUUUUUAUUGGAUUGGCGGAAUUUGAUUUUCUUCCAUACAGUUAGGACAAUGAGACUUAUAGAUUGAAAUUUGGGGUUAAGUAGUUAGAGAAAGAAAGCAAUUGAAAUUGAAUAACUUGAAGAUUUUUUGUUUCCAAUUUUGCUGUUGUAAUGCCACUAUUGUGGAUAUACUUGAUCUUCAAUAAUACACCCAAACAAUUCUCAUUUUUGGAUCAAGGAAUUCACUUCUUAGUUGGAAAUCUUAUUAGAUGUUUUCUUAUCAAUGUGUUUGGAUGUUCAUACAGAGUUGUUCUUUGUC